AAAAUGGCGGACGACAUCCAGGGGGGGGCUUAUUUUACUGUAAUAUCUAAUAAGUCUUAUAUUAUCCUUGAUAAAGUGUCAUUACGUAGAAACUAAGUGGAACUGGAGAAUCAGACAGAAUUAAGGUCUAUUGCUAAGGUGUUUGAUCAGCUCACUUAUGCAAAGGCGACCAAGAAAUCCGGGAUUUGGUCGAGAAUCAGCUGCUGGGAAAACAGCUGAUGUUUCGGACGCAUUACUGCGGCAGGCGAGAAAAUCAGGGCAGCUGAAUCUUUCUAACCGAGGCCUGACAAAGGUGCCAGACAAAGUAUGGAGAGUGAAUCUGGAUGUACCACCCGAGGCAAGGAGCGUUUCACUGGAUUGUACAGAAGACGAUAAAUGGUGGGAACAGGUGGAACUCACCAAACUCAUCUUAGCUUCCAACAAGUUGAUUGAGAUUUCUUCAGAGAUCGUGCAAUUGCCUGCUCUGGCGGUUUUGGAUAUCCAUGAUAAUGGUUUGACUUCUCUACCUGAAGAGAUUGGACAGCUAGUGAAUCUUAAAAGACUCAACUUAAGUCACAAUAAAUUGCCUUCCCUUCCUGUGUCAAUGGCAAGUCUUGCUAGUUUAUCUUCUUUGAAGAUGGAUCAUAACUGUCUAACAACACUAGGAAUAGAACUGUCACAGAUGAAACAAUUAGAGGAAAUGGAUUUGUCAAACAACUCUCUCAGUGAACUCCCUCCUUCUGUGGGUAACUGUCAAAGUUUGCGUCAUUUGAACUUGUCUCAGAAUGCUUUGGAACAUCUCCCUCCUGAGACUGGUUGCUUACAUGCAUUGAGAGACUUAAACCUUAGCAAUAACAAGUUUUGUGAACUUCCUAAAGAUCUUGGAAGACUAAGUAAUCUUGAAAGAUUGGAUUGCCGGCACAAUCAACUCACUGGUGUCCCUAUACUGUCUUCUUGUCAGUCCCUGAAGGAACUCUAUCUUGGUAACAACAAAAUAAGCAGUUUGAAUGGAGAAAGUUUUUCUUAUAUCCGUUCACUGUCAAUAUUUGAUUUUAGAGACAACAGAAUUAACAGUAUUCCAGAUGAAAUCACUGUGUUGAAAAAGCUAGAAAGACUCGACUUGGCAAAUAAUGAUAUUUCUGGUCUUCCAUACACCAUGGGUAGAAUGGAACAUCUUAAAUCACUUGUUCUGGAUGGAAAUCCUUUGAAGAGUUUACGAAGGGAUGUUGUUAUGAGAGGUACUCAAGCCAUUAUGAAACAUCUAAGAAGUCGCAUCCCAGAAGAUGAAAAGCAGGAAGACUUGACAGAUGCUCCAGUGACAUCAAUACCAGUCAGUUCAGCAAUACCAACUGCAUCAACUGGAUUGGACACACACACAAUCAGUAGCACAAAGACACUCAAUUACAGUAAUAAAAAAGCCAGCAGCAUUGCUGAUGAUGUUUGGGAUGCAGCCAUAUCAGCAGAGGUGUCCACUGUUAACCUCAGCAAGAAUACACUGAAUGAAGUACCAGCCAGGUUACUCUCUUUAGGAAAAUCUCUUACCGACCUAAACAUGUCGUUGAACAAGAUUGCCAGUUUGCCUUCAGAGUUUGGCUGUUUGGUGAAACUUUCAUCAUUAGAUUUAAGCAUCAACCAGCUGAGUGAUGUGCCUGCAAGCUUCUCCAAGCUGACCAGUCUCAGAGAAAUAAAUAUCUCCAAUAACCGAUUUACCAACUUACCAUCUGUUCUGUACUCGUUAAAGACCUUGGAGAUUAUCUUGGCCAGUGGUAACCAGAUUCAACUAAUCGAGGUUGAUAGCUUGUUGCCGAUGUCUUCUCUUUCCACACUGGACUUACAAAACAACAACAUUGCUCAGGUUCCUCCUCAACUAGGAAAUGUAACCCAAUUAAGGUCUCUGCAGUUAGAAGGGAACCCGUUCAGAAACCCUCGAGCAGCUGUUCUUUCUAAAGGAACCCAGGCUCUUUUGGCUUACCUGAGAGACCGUAUACCCACGUGACAUGCCCGAGUGUGGCAUAGCUGACCGAGGGGAGGGGGUGUGGUUGGAGAAAUACCCCUCCUUCCCCUCUCGCCACAAACACACACUGACGUCCUUAAAUGGAUUUGAAAUGGACACUUCGAUUCUCGAUUAUGAUGACGUUGCUCGAGUGCAAUUUUUAAUGUAGAGGAUAAUUGUAAAUUCGGAAUAUGUAUUCCGUGACUUGUUUCCAAGGUUUUUUUUUUCAGAGAUCUAAGUCUUGGUCAUAAACACGUUUUUAAUUAAUAAAAGAUCACUGAGGUCAAGGAUUAAAACAGUACACCCUGAAUACACCCAAUCAUCUGAAAGAGUAAUUUCAAGUUGGAACCCUCGCGCAUGAUGAAUGACCACACUUUUUUUUUACCCCGGACAACAAUUUCCUGUUUUUGUUUCGUUGUUACACACAACUCACAAGGUAGGGGAGGGAAAAAAGACUUCUUUCAGCCUGAUUUUUAAAUUUUCAAAAAUGUUUUAAAAAAUAAGUAACCGGAUGUAAAAAAUUGGAAGUCGUUACUCUCUAUUGGUUUACUAACUUUAAAGCACUACCAGUACUUUCGUAUGGUUUGAAGACAAAAUGGCUAAAUUUUGUGACCGACAAAAUUCACUGCGACUUCGGCAGAAUAUUGAGCACGCGAUGCGAUAUUUUAAUGCUUUAAACCCUGUAACUAAUCGAGAAUUUUGUAUACACGAUGAAAAUUUAAAUGGCAACGUGGUAGUAUUCCACAAACAUGUAGACACAAUUACACAAAGGAGAUUCAUUACUAA